UUGUCGCAAAAAAUAUUCAACCAACCAACUUUUACGUCAUCGACAGUGAAAUGGCAGACAACAUUGCUGAUGUUCGUGUACUUCCGUGUACAGAUUCCAAAUAUAUCAGACCGUUCAGAAUUCAUUAUAAACAGGAUGGAAUCGAUAAGACGUGGGACUAUAUGAAGGUGUAUAACAGUGUUAUUAUUUUGAUAUUUAAUGUUACAAGAAAAGUAUUCAUAAUGGUAAAACAAUUUAGACCAGCUGUGUAUGCUGCUAGGGUUGAAGUAGAAAAUGGUAGAAUUGACACAACUAAGUUUCCAGGUAGUCUUGGAAUGACCUUUGAACUCUGUGCUGGACUGGUUGAUAAAUCGGGCAGUAUAGAACAGCUGGCAAAACAAGAAAUUCUUGAGGAAUGUGGAUAUGAUGUAAAAGUGGAAUGUUUAGAAAGAAUAACUUCAACCAGAAAUGUUGGUACAUCUGGUAGUCUACAGACAUUAUACUAUGUGGAAGUGACAGAUGAAAUGAAGGUGGCUGCUGGCGGAGGUUUAACAGAAGAAGGGGAGAUGAUAGAAGUUAUAGAACUCCCAUUAAAAGAUACCAAACACUUCAUCAUGGAUGAAUCUAUACCAAAACCUCCCAAUCUUCAGUUUGCAUUUAUGUGGUUUUAUGCAAAUAAGGCCAAAAAUCAUGAAAACUAAUGAUGUAAAUAGAAACAAUUGGUUACAAUAACCGAAGAGCAAUUUGACUUGCUUCUCAGGAUGUAACAUGCAUUCCUUUACACUUCUGUAUUAUCGUAUAAUAAUAUAUCGUAUUGAGAAUUAUACACAUUCAUCUCUCUUUUAUUAUUGUUAGCUGAAAACAGGGACUUAGUUUAACCUCUGUGUAUC